AAUUAAACAAUACUGUUAUCGCUUCCCUCUGUCAUCACUACUUUGUCUGUCAACCAAUUUUCUUCUCACAAAACAGACAAAAAAAAGAUGCAGAACUCAAUGGCAAAAAUGGACGAGUUUAAAACAAAAUUUAUGGAUUUGUUACACAAACAGACCAAUCGGCAAUUGAAAAUACCAGCCAUGGGAUUUUCAGACUACUUUAUACAAACAGUCACUGCAGCAGAGCCAAACAAAGUAGAAUCAUCAAAGAAAUCCCCCGAUAAGACAGAUGAAACAGAUGGCAGCGCAGAGGGAGCACAAAAAUCUGAUCAGGAAAUAUUAGAAAGUAUAGAAGGAAUCUAUUUUCAACCAGAAAGUAAUGCACAAAUGUAUGAAUUACAGAAAGUUUUAAGCUCUGGUGUUGAUUAUGAGCUAAUUGAAACGACCAUGGUUCAGUUGCGUACCCAACAUAAGGUUUUAUCAAAACAGGUUUUACAAAACAUUUUGGAACAGCGUAGUGCCUGUAAUAUUGAGUUUGCUGCCAUCAAUGAAACGCAAAAGGAAUUGGAAGAAUCUUUGUGGACCUGUCGCAAAGCUCGUUCGUACUUAAAUUAUGCCAAACAAAAUUUGACUACCACCAGUCUGGAGAUAUUGGCCUCGUAUCGUAAGCGUGAGAUUUUAAAGGAGUUGUUGAAUACUUUGCAGGCUAUAAAGAAAUUGAAAUCAACUGAUGUUGAGGUACAAAAGCUUUUAAGUGAAUGCAAUUAUUCUGGAGCCAUUUCGCUUCUUUUAACCUGUAAAGAUUCCGCCAGCGAAUUCAUGCAAUACAAUUGUGUACAAUCUUUAAAUAAAAAAUUACAGGAGACGUUGCUGUUAACAGAAUUCCAACUAGACACAGUUUUAAAUGAGAUGAUUUUAAAUUUUGAUAUGCGCAAAUAUGCUAAAUUGCAAGAAGCCUAUAAAUUGCUCAAUAAAUCCUUAAUAGCAAUGGAUCAGCUUCACAUAAACUUUAUAUCCGCCAUACAUUCCUCGGUGAACUCCGUUUUACGUGGCUAUAAUGAUCCCAAUUUAGACGAAAACAUGAAAAUGUUAUAUGAACAAUUAUGCGAACAGGUCGAAGCAGACAAAUACAUACCAUGUUUAAUAAGUUUGUGUAAAACUUUCUGGACAAUAUUGGCUUCCUAUUAUCAAAUUGUAAUAUGGCAUCAAAACUAUAAACUAUAUGCUAUCGAUAUGCCAGAUUCACCAGAUGUCUAUAUACAGGAGAAAUUGAAAAAAGGUCAAUCGCGUAUAUGGAAUGAUAUAUUAACAAAAAUCUGUAUAUUUUUACAAAGUUCCAAAUUGAAAAUGUUAAAAUAUGAUCAUUUCAUACAAGUCCUAUCCAUAAUACAAAGACUUAAGAAAGUGGGAUUAGAGUUUUGUGGUGAACAUUCGGAAAAAUUGAUAGAAACUAUGCAGUUGCAAAGUGAGGAAUUCUUUCAGCGUUAUCACAGUUCCUGUUUGGAGGAGAUAUGUUUAUUUUUGGAUAAUGAGUCAUGGACAGUGGUGGAUUCUUUUGCUAAUAUAUUACAAUUACCGGAAUUUCGCUCUAUACGUCAUACCUUACGUCGCCAUAAAUCUCCUCCUAUUGCCUUGUUGGUUACCAGCUCUACUUCCGCCAAUAAUUCUCCUACUAGCAACAAUAACUGUGAUGAAUUAGUCUCAGUUCAUUCUCAAGACGGUGGCAGUUCCAUUUAUGGUUCCUAUGGUUAUUUUCUACGUUUCAGUGAAAAAAGCUCUCCCUUUGAUGGUGGCCUAGAUGUGGCCAUGCUAGAGGAAGACAUAUUAUCGGGUAUUGUUGAUGAAGCUUCGUGUUAUUUUAGCGAAGAGGAAAGUGAUGAUGAUCAUAAGAGUUUACAAAGCAAGGACUAUGAUGAAACCUCACCCAAUCAACAACUACUGGUUAAUAACACCACUUUGAAUGUGUUUCGCUGUAUAGGACGUUAUUUACAAAUGUGCAAACUUCUACAUUGUAUUUCACCUAAAAUUAUAGCCAGCAUGUUGGAGUUAAUGGAUUUCUAUGCCUUUGCUGUGCAUGAAAUAUUUGCCAAGGAUGCGCCCGUACAAAUGGACAAUUUUUAUUCUAACAAAUUGGAGCAGAAACUGGAAUAUGUUAAGCAAAACAUAUUGCCAAAUAUAAAAAUUUGGCCUUUAAAUUUUACGUCACUGAUCAACAAUGAACUCGCUAAUCCCGAUACACUCUACGGGCUCUUCCAUCGUAUUGUGGCCGUAGAAAGUGGCCACUGUAUGACACAACAAUUCCAAAUAUUACACAACUAUUUAAAUCAUUUGUUGCCGGUACAGGACAGACUACUGCUUAGUUCUUACUUUGAUUAUAUCGAUUUUAUGUCUGAUGUUGCCCGACCGGUUUAUACAUGCGUUACUUCAAGAAUUUUCGAUUUAACUGCUAUUCUGGCCAUGAUAGCUAAAGUUAAAUGGGAUGUUAAUCAUGUUAGUUUUCAACAUAAUGCCUAUAUUGAUAUAAUGAAUAGGAACAUACAAAAUUUUGCCAUGCGUUUGGAGGAAAUUGCUAAAGAUAUUACCAUACCAGCCGAACCUGUAUGGCAGUCAAUGGCUCAUGUAGCCACACAUCUUUUGGUGGAAGGUUUCUCAAAUGUCAAAAAAUGUUCGGCCGGUGGUAGGGCUCUCAUGCAACUAGAUUUCACUAAUUUUAUGUCAAUACUCGAAUUAAUUUCGAAUCAAAAAUAUGUUGAAUAUCGUCAAUAUGUUGAUAUAUUCAUUAAAGCCUACUAUUUCUCGAAUGAACAGUUAGAAGAAUGGAUAAUGGAACAAAAGAGUUUAGAACCACCACAAUAUUCUAAUAAACAAUUAAUGAAUCUCAUACAGUGUGUAUGUGUAAGUGAUAAAAGGACACGGCAAAAAUUACUCAAUUUAUUGGGUAGCGGCAGCAGCAAUAAUUUAAAUACAAGUAGUACAACAACUGCCACAUAGCUGAGCACAAAUAUCUAAUGAUGAAAUGAAAACAAUAAUAAGAAUAAUUUAUAAAGAAGAUGAGAAGAGUUCGUCUCUUCAUAAUGUAAAGUAUGUAGUAGUUGUAGUUGUUAGUUUAUUAAUGUAAAAUAUGAACUAUUCAGAAUAUUUCUCUAGUAAGAGAGAAAAUAUGGUAAUUCUUUUUAAAUAGUUAAAUUUAUUAUUAUUUUUUUUAGUUUAAGAAGUUUUAGAAUAUGUUAUAACUGUGUUUACCUUUAACGAAAUUUAGCAUUCCAUGUGUAUUAUUUAAUUUUUAUUUUCUCUAUUAAAAAUUUAUUAAUACCUCCUCGAAUUUCUGUCUAAAACGGAUCUCCUUUAUAAAGUUUCAAAAUCUUUAACAAAAAUCUCUUGUUACUAAGUUAUUGAGUAUUAAUUUGAAUCUCUUUUGGGCUCUCUUUUUUAUUUAUUUUUCUCUCUAAAAUUUACUUAAUUUUUCUUUU